UUUUAAGCCUUAUAAUUUUAGUAUCUCAUUCUAUCACUUAUUCUUUAUGUUAUACAGAGAGUUGGGUAUUGGGAUUGUACCAUACAGUCCACUUGGUCGUGGUUUUUUCGCUGGAAAAGCAGUUGUUGAAAGCUUAUCGAUCUGGAUACCUCGGUUUCAUGGAGAGAACUUGGAGAAGAAUAAAGUAUUAUAUGAAAGAGUUUCUGCACUUGCUCAGAAACAUGGUUGCACACCCGCACAAUUGGCCCUUGCAUGGAUACUUCACCAAGGAAAAGAUGUUGCACCCAUACCAGGAACAACCAAAAUAAAGAACUUAGAUGAAAACAUUGGUUCCUUAAAAGUUAAGCUAUCGCAGCAAGAGCUGAACGAGAUUGCUUCAGCUGUACCAGAGCAUGAAGUUGCAGGUUUGAGGUAUGCCGAAGGUCCUUAUCAAGCAACGUGGCAAUUUGCAAACACUCCUCUGCCAAAACAUUAGUUGCUUUGGUGUUGUGUCGUUUACCCUUAGUGUGAACCUUGAACUGAAAAGAAAUUAUGUCUGCUUUUCAGUCUGAUUAAACUGUCAAUGCCUCACAGCGGUUUCUCAGAUCUCAGAGUGUUUUACCUAGGCCCUCUUUUCAGCUUCUUGGACUCUUUUUAACCCUAGUGCUUUUAUAUUGCAACUGGAUGUAUUGAUCAGUCCCAUUAGCUUACUUUGAUCGCUACUUGACCUUUUACAAUUUCUUGCCAUCCUUUUAAGAUAAUCUUGAUGAAGUAAAUUUUAACUAAGGAUUCAGUAUAGUGGAUGCUAUUUAAAGAGAUUUGAACUCAUUAUCUUA